AUGGGUCGGAGGAAAAUUGAGAUCAAAGCAAUCAAGGAUGACCGCAAUCGUUCUGUGACAUUCUUGAAGCGAAAAGGCGGUUUAUUCAAAAAGGCCCACGAACUCUCUGUAUUAUGCUCGGUCGAUGUCGCCGUCAUUAUCUUUGGCCACAAUAAAAAGCUGUAUGAAUUCUCCUCAGGCGAUAUUAGGGAAACUCUGCAUCGAUACCAAUACUAUGGCCCUCCCCAUGAACAUAAAGGACCGCAUGACUUUAGCGGCGGAGGCGAUGACGAUGAGGACGAUGACGAGGACGUAACUGCCGAGGAGAUGGGACCCUCAACUCAGAAUGCGAUCCCACCCCAGCUCCAAAACCAACCUGGUUACCAACAUGUGAACCACGCUCCCUCUGCAUCACCUCCAAUACCCAAUGGAAUUGCUUAUGUCCCUCGUCACGGUACCCCGCAACCUCAGAAUAACUCUCGUCCUUCUUCGCGAAAUCAUGCCCGCCGCGUGAGCGCACAGUAUGGUGGGCAUAACCAAGCGCACGCUACUCCUCCGCCUGCUGCAAAUUCCAACGGCUAUGCUUAUAUGCCAAAUCCGUCCAUGUAUAACCCCAAUACGAAUUCGGAAAUGAAUAACCAGCCUGCGCGGCAAGGCCAAUACCAUCAAUUCACUCACCCGCCUCACCCUGGCGCUCAUCCACAGGCUCAAGCUAUGCCGCAAAACCACCAGCAUGCCCCUCAGUUACCCAACCAUGGCUUACCAACAAUUCAGCAUCAAUCAAUGCCUCAUAUGCAUGCUCAGUAUAUACAAGAUCAGGGCCGGCAUUCUCUGCCUCCUUCGCUGUCGCAGGAUUCUCAGCAAUUCCAGUACAGGACCUCCUUGGCUCUUCCUGAUCCGGCAGGUACGCAGCAACACAAUGAUCCGAAGGCAGAGGGGGGUUCGUCUUCGAAAACCAAAUCGCGCAGCAUUUUUACGCCGAUCGACGAUCAGACAUCUGUGUUCUCUCGUCACAUACUCUCAAGCAGAGCGCAUCUGCGUGAAUCCCCUCAACAUGACAUGUCAGUAACAGAAGAGUCAAAGCCGACCGCCCCCUCAAGCCAAACUCUUCCUCUUCCUAGGAACGGACCGCCGCCGCCGCCACCACCAACUCGGGCUGCAACAGCACCGCAAAGAUCACAGUCAACCCCCUCCUUAAGUGACUCGCAACAACCGGCGCGGCCGAAGCCUCGCCUUAAAGUGCAAAUUCCAAGUGAACAAUCAGACAGCGGCAGUGCUACAGGAGAUUCUUCUCCUCACGAUUCGACGGCUCAGACUGGUUCGACAAUUACUAAAAAGUCACCCGACGCUAGUACUGUCGGAGUUGUGCAACUGCCUCCACCGUCUCCAGGUGCUGCAGGGGGGCCUAUAUUAAGUGCUGGAGCGCAAGGCCCGCCUAAUCCAUUUGCGCGUCCACCCCCCCCUGGAUCCAACACGCAAAAUGGGACUGGCUACGGUGGAAGCAGUAGCAGCAGUAGUAAUCAAAAUAUGGAGACGCCGAUUUCAGCACUGCCUAGUCGAUUUGUUUCGGACGCUCUUCUCCCUUCUCCUUCGAGUUUCUUUCCUGAGUGGGGUUUUGGACGCACUGGUCCGGAUACAAGCCUUCUGCCGAGCCCAUUGCCUUUCACGCCUGCUACCCAGACAGGGCCUGGACUAGCGCGAGACGAUGAAGCGGAAAAGAAACGCAAGAAUUCGGAUCCCGGAGUGUCAGCGGACGCAGGUGGGAAGAAAGUGAAAACAUAA